UGAUGAAAUGCGGCGCGCGAACCCUAAGAGGAAAAACCAGAACACGAUUUAAGGAUUGUUCCGUCGCUGUUGAAGAUUGAAAAUGAGUAAAAAGGACUCCGCGGGUAAAUCAUCAGACAUCAUCCUGUCCUAUCUGAAUGAGAAAAACAGGCCGUACAGCGCGCAGGAUGUGUUCAGUAACCUGCAGAAGCAACACGGACUCGGAAAAACGGCAGUGGUAAAGGCCAUGGAGCAGCUUGCACAAGAAGGCCGUAUCAGAGAGAAGGUCUACGGCAAGCAGAAGAUCUACUUUGCAGAUCAGUCUCAGUUUGCCGAUGUAAGUGAUGCGGAUCUAAAGCAGAUGGAUUGCCGCAUUUCUGAGCUUAACAGCCAGGUGGAGGCGGUGACGCAGACCUGCAGGCAACUCGAUACAGAGCUGAAGGAGCUGAACAACUCACUGACCACGGCGGAGAUGACAACGCAGAUUAAGGAGCUGAAGGCCGAGUGUGAAGAUUACAGAGCACGACUGGACAAAAUCAAAACGGCCACCAAUCACGUCACGCCCGAGGAGAGAGAGAAGGUAUACAAGGAGAGAAGCCUCUACGUGAAGGAGUGGAAGAAACGCAAAAGACUGGCCACCGAUAUGAUCGGCUCCAUUCUUGAGGGUUACCCGAAGAGCAAGAAAGAAUUUCUGGAGGAGGUCGGAGUCGAAACCGACGAGGAUCAUAAAGUGACGGUUCCUGUGGUCUGACACCAGAACCGCGGAAUCUCCAGAGCCGGGAACGAGGUCCGCAUCAGAGGAGAUUCCCUGAAGGAUCACUACUAGUAUUAUUCAUGGCUUGUGUGAUUUGAUUUAGAAAAAAAAAAAAAAAAAAACUAAUGUAAAUAGGUUUCAACAUGAAAUGUUUAUUU